AUGCACAUGCUUAGGAACAGCGUGUCUCCUAUUGGCUACGCUCGGUUUCGUUUUCUUGUUUCAUCGCUGAUCAAAUUAAUCAGACCCUACAGCAACCUCCUUUUCGUGUCUGUUCUAGCAUUCGAAGAGGGUCGCGGAUAUCCCAUCGAACGCGAGAUUUAUAUCAGCUCAUUAAAGUCAACACCGCGUAAAAAGAUCGAUACUAGUAAUAUCAGUUUGGAGCCUGACGCUCCGACGUCCAAAUCAGUUAAUAAAAUGCGUUCAUUGAAGAACAGACAACAUCGAAAGAUGAUCGGCCAGUUAAAUUUCGCGUCACCGCGGCGUGGUUUCGCGAAAGACGGACCAUUUUCACCGCCACACUUCGGUUUCGGUGGUCCACCGCCGUCAUUCCGUCCCAUGCCGCCUCCACCUGGCAUGCCGCCGGUACCGCCGCCACCGAUACCGGGCCCUCCGCCUAUGUACGGGCCGAGACCGUUCAGGUACGGACCACCACCGCGAUCAGCCAUGCCUCCACUACCACCUAGACCAGGAUUCCCUAUUCCAGGUUUUCUGCUACCGUGUUCACCCCGAGUGCCAGGCGGAGCCAGAUUACCGCACGUUCCACCAACACGAUUACCGCCACCAAAAAUGCCUCUACCUCCCCCUCCUCCGCCGCCCCUUUCGCAAUCCGUUCCACGAGCUGUCGCGUUGAAGCGACUUCGGCCGCAAAAGAUAAAAUCGCACGCGAGAAAUGGCGUAGUGGCAUCGGUUCGGAACUCUGCCGACUUGAUCAGGCACAACAGCCAAACGAGCAGGACGUUACCGAAAUUAAUGAAGGAGCAGGACUUCACUGUAGACACGUUCGAAGAGAACCUACUUGCUCCGAACCAACCAAAAAGACGAUUAACGAAAGCAAGAUUCAAUCAGUACAAGUGACACCCUACCAUUUAGGUGGCAUAACAUUACUUAAAACAUACAAGAUAAAAAAGAACCGUGUAUUUUCAUUAAUAAGCCGAGACUGGCAGUUAUGUCGAAGAGCCAUCGGGAAUUAAAAAAACGUGGAAAUGGAUAACGGCUACUAAUUAGCGCGACUACGGAAAUCCUCUUGACUUGAAGCAUACGAGAUGCUCGACAUUAAUGUUGACUUGUGUAAAAAUUCUUGUAGGAUACGAUCAAUGCCCUUCUCUACCUAUCCCGUACCUACAUGUUCCUUGAUGCUUCUCUGAAAAUGACGUCAUUAAUUAAAUAAAUGCACUUUGUCAAUAAUGAUCCGAUAUAUUUCCAUUCUCCUUUUAUAAUUAAUCAUUGAACGUGUAGACUACGACUUAGUAUAUAAAGUGAGGAGCGGAUUGUAUGUAAACCACGACUUCAAUUUUCCAUUUAUAUUUUCAUACUGGUAGGUCUUAAGCCAAACAGUACUUGUACGGUGUUUGCAGAUAUCAUUUGAUUUCACAGACAAUUAAAAGAACUAUUUAUUUUCCCUAUCAAUUUACUUGACUAAUGAAAAAUCAACGAUUACUGAAGUACAACAAAAAGCCUAUAUACAUAUUUUGUCAUGCAUGUUUUCAUUCUCAAGAAUAUAUUUUUUUUUUAGUAUGCAUAAGAUAAAAUUUUUGUUAGAUAUAACAAAAUAAAGCGCAAAUGUACAAAGCUUGAUAUAAAAUAUCGAUUCACUUGAUUUACAUUGCCAAUAGGCAAUAAUGAAUACUACAUGUGCACGUAUGAUUAGCACACAUGUAAAACGUGUAUACUGAAAUAUUUUUUUACUGAAUAUUUUUGUAAAAGCUGUACUACAAAAAAAUUUAACGCUAGAUUUAAUAUCGUACUCAAGAUCAAGAGAUUGUAAACUAUAACAGCUGUUGUAAAUCAUUCCAUACACCAUAAAUUUUAUUCUUUCAUUUCUUAUUUAUAAUUCUAUUAUCUAUAAUAUGCAUUAAUAAUGACAAUAUUGCAAGCGAAAAAAAUAUUGCUGGUGACUACUAACUAUAAUUUGAAGUGAAGAGCAGUGAAACAGUAAUGUGUGUGUGCAAACAGUACGUUAAAUCAAAAUUAAGUUCUACUAAUUACUUAUUGAAAGUGUGCAUGUUAAUUUGAACUUUAAAUUGUAGGAACGACUUGAAGAACUGAAUUUUAGUUUAUCAUUAUCUCUUUUAUUUCAACAUUGCUAAAUUAAAAUGAUAUCUUAUAUUGUAACUUAAACAAUCGAUUAUAUGCGUAGAUUAUUUUCUUUAUUAAUGAAACGUGGAAAGAUAAAAACAAGUGAAUUGUUGUAAUUUCCAAUUUGACCUUUAUAAAAUUACAUUGACGACGUUAUCAGUAAAUAGAUGCAAAAAAAAGUACAUAUCCUUCAAUGGAUCCUAUUCUAAGUUGUAAAAAUACUAUAUUAAGGAUGUAACUUGUAGAAAAUAUCAUUUUUACGCUGAAAUUAUUAAUUGUCUUUGUUAAUGCUAGCCACGAUCUCAAAAAUAAAUUUAAUUUACUAUAUGUAUAGAGAAAAAUGCAUAUAAGUCAGUUUGGAUAACUCAAAGUUUUCUUAAUCUGUGUAACAUUACUGUAUUAUAUGUGAAUAGCUCCUGACCCUUUCGUACUGUACUUAAAAUAUCUUUUCAUGUUCUUUUAAAAAGAAAAUAAAUCCAACUUCUAUCUUG